UAAUCGCCCUAAACCGAAUGGCAACCUACGGCCAUUUAAUGACCAAAAUCGACUUUGCCUGGCAUUUAAGUUUAGGCCUUAGCCAAACAACAGUAAACCAAAUAGCAACGUUUUUGGAUGUUUCUCCUUUAUUAUUGGCUAAUAAAAUUAAAAAUUGUUGCAAUUUUGAAGAAUGGGAGGAAACUAAAAAAUAUGAAAAAAUGGAGAUUGAAGGAAUUUGGAAUGGAGAAAAUGGGCAAGUUGAGAGGAUGAAGAAUGAUAUAAUUAUGGAUAAUAAUGAUGAUUAUUUUUGA